AUGGUCUCUGGUGGUCAUCCAGGGGUCAUCAGGAGGAAGGCCGAUAGUCUUCAUCAGAUUGAACCUUUCACCUUUGAGUUUGGCACAUGUUCUUUCGUCUUGCUCUUAGGCUACCAGGUCCUGAACUCAGAGGUGUUCGAAGCUGUGCUCCCGGUCACCAUCAUUUUGCUGAGAGAUGAGGAUUUCCUCCAAGGUGAUGCUCCACCAGUUCCUGAGGUGGAGGAGGAGCUUAACUUAAACAGCAUUUGCUUAAAAAGUGAUGUGACACCUUCAAAUGACAGCUCUGUAAGCAGUUGGGAAGAAAACAAGCCUCUCUCAAAUAAGGAUAAUGAUAUCAAACACUCUGAAGAGAAAUGUUUUGCUGAGCAUGUGUGUAACACAUCAAAAUCAUCUUUAAGUGAUGGGUGUGGUGCAUAUACAGGUGAAUGUGGUCAAAAUUAUUUGUUACCUACAUGGUCUUGCAAAACACAACUUACAGAGAUAAAUGGAACUAGCAUUGGAGAAGAUUGUGAUGGUGAUGAUGACUUUCAGGAGAGUCCUCUUCUCUGCUCUGCUGACAAUGUCAGAGAUCAUGCUGUUGAGACAAGCAGACUGUUGACAUUGGCAGUGGUACCCAAACAUGAAGAAGAACUUGUCAGUGUUGCAAGUGUUCUUUCUGGUGACAAUCCAGAGAAACAACCAGAAAUCCACAACGAGACGGAGGCAGCUGUUAAAACUGAAGGUAACUUGUUAAUAAGAUUAGUGCAGGAGUUUAAGAAAUAUGGCAGAUAUCAAGUUUUUGAAAUAGGAAAGAGUAUAGAAAAUAUAUCAAACCCAUUACUUUAG